AAUUCAAAUGAACUCCAAAUUCAUUCCAAAUCCAAAUUCAACCAAAUCCAAAAUCCUCCCCUCCACAAAUCAAGAUAUCGACCCCCACCUCCGACAUACCUCGCCUGCCGUCCACACCUGUUACUAACUAGGCUUUCGAUUUGGACCUCCAUUUCUCUUCUUCCGUAUCUGUAAUCUGUCCGACCACCCAAAGCGCCACUCAAGUUUGCUCUCACCGGAAACCACUCACCUUUUUCAAUUCCGGUUUUUCGGUUUGCCACAAAUGUCUCAUCUUACCACCUGUAAUUCCCGCCACUCCUUAACCGCCGAUUGACAAGCCAAAGCAGAGAGAGAGAGAGAGAGAGAGCAAAAAAGAAAAGAGAAGAAAAAAUAAGUUUUGCAAGUAGAACCAACCUAGCAAUCUAGUUUUCAGGUUUGUGGAAUGACGGAAUACCGGUUGCCGGUUAUGAAUCUUUGGACAGACGACAACGCAUCGAUGAUGGAGGCAUUCAUGGCUUCCGAUCUCUCUCAAUUUUCUUGGGCGCCUACAGCUUCUGCUUCGACGACGACGACUGCCACUGACCCUUCAAGGACUACCAACCAAUCUCAAACGUCGAUGUUCUUCAAUCAGGACACACUGCAACAGCGGCUUCAGACCCUAAUCGAGGGUGCUCGUGAGAGCUGGACUUACGCGAUAUUCUGGCAAUCAUCCGUCGACAUGUCCGGUGCUUCUCUACUCGGAUGGGGUGAUGGGUACUACAAAGGCGAGGAAGAUAAGAUGAAGCGGAGGGUGACAGUUUCGCCGGCGGAGCAGGAGCACCGGAAGAAGGUCCUCAGGGAGCUUAAUUCGUUGAUUUCCGGGGUUCCGGCGUCUGCAGACGAACCCGUCGAUGAAGAGGUUACGGACACCGAGUGGUUCUUUCUUGUGUCGAUGACGCAGUCGUUCAUCAACGGUAGUGGCCUUCCUGGUCAGGCUUUCUUCGCGUCGUCUCCGGUGUGGCUUGCCGGGGGUGAGAGGCUCGCGAGCUCGUCUUGCGAGCGGGCGAGACAAGGUCAAAUUUUUGGCUUGCGGACGAUGGUGUGUAUACCUUCGGCCAACGGUGUGGUUGAAUUGGGUUCGACGGAAUUGAUUUUUCACAGCUCGGAUCUGAUGAAUAAGGUUAGGGUUUUGUUUAAUUUCAACAACAAUAAUUCCGACAUGGGUCCUUGGUCCACGUCUCAGGCCGAUCAGGGCGAGAACGAUCCGUCCUCCCUCUGGCUUUCGGAUCCGUCGUCGAUGAUUGAAAUUAAGGAUUCUGUUAAUACAGCCCCAGCUGCUUCUGCUGCCGCUGCUGCUACUGUUACUCCUUCUAAUCAAGAGAUCACGAAGCCAAUUCAGUUCGAGAACCAAAGCCCAAGUAGUUUAACCGAGAAUCCUAGCACGAUAUCAGUCCAAACCCAGCACCAAAACCAUCAUCACCAGCAGCAGACGCAGAGUUUUUUUACUAGAGAACUAAACUUCUCUGAAUUCGGAUACGAAGGAAGCAGUGCGAGGAAUGGUUCUGCUCAAUCGUGUAAGCCUGAAUCCGGAGAGAUUUUGAAUUAUGGGGAGCGUAAGAAAAACUCCUGCAGUGCAAAUGGUAAUCUGUUCUCGAAUAAUUCACAACAGUUUGUGGCUGAUGACAAGAAGAAGCGUUCCGCCUCGUCGAAAGGAGGUAACAAUGAAGGAAUGUUAUCCUUCACGUCUGGUGUGGUCUUGCCUUCUUCUUGUGUGGUGAAAUCCAGUGGUGGAACUGCGGAUUCUGAUCAAUCUGAUCUCGAUGCUUCUGUUCGAGAGGCCGAGAGCAGUAGGGUAGGCGAGCCGGAGAAGCGACCCAGGAAGCGAGGGAGGAAACCAGCUAAUGGCCGAGAAGAACCUCUUAACCAUGUUGAAGCAGAGCGACAAAGGCGCGAGAAGCUCAACCAGAGGUUCUACGCUCUCAGAGCUGUGGUGCCCAAUGUUUCCAAGAUGGAUAAAGCUUCCCUGCUUGGGGAUGCAAUUGCCUACAUCAAUGAACUCAGAACGAAGCUGCAAGCAGCUGAAUCCAACAAGGAGGGAUUGCAAUCUCAAGUAGAUUCCCUGAAAAAGGAACUUGCAGCAUCUCGGUACUCUGGAUCUCCGCCUCAAGCUGAUCAAGAUCUCAAGAUUUCGAAUCAUCAAGUAAGUAAGUUGUUGGACAUGGAAAUUGAGGUGAAGAUACUUGGCUGGGAAGCAAUGAUUCGCAUCCAGUGCAAUAAGAAGAACCAUCCAGCUGCAAGACUGAUGACAGCUCUCAAGGAGCUAGACCUGGAUGUGCAUUAUGCAAGUGUGUCUGUGGUGAAGGAUUUGAUGAUCCAACAAGCAACUGUGAAGAUGUCAAGUAGGGUGUACACUCAGGAACAGCUCAGGAUUGCUCUGUCUUCAAAAGUUGGCGAUGCACGAUAAGCACCAGUAGAUAGAAACUCUGAAACUCUGACCAGAGAUUGUACUGCCAUGGUUGUUGCAGCUGCAGCAGGGUCGGCCGGAGAAUUUUAAAACCCCGGCAAAGCUAUGUAAAAAAUAUAUAUGUAAUGGCCUCCUAGUAGAUUACUAGAACUAGCUCUCUCUCUCUUUUUGCAGAAGAUGAAAAGGCUGGAAAGGCUCGAGACAAUUAGAAUGGAGUAGUAGUUGCUCCGUCCAGGGCUGCCACAAAUUGUCUCUCUUGGAUGUAAAUAGAUGGAUGCAUAAGCAAUCGAGUUGAGUGGUUAAGUGUAAGAGUUAUAGGAUUGUAAUUUAAGUUGAUUUUCGUAGAGCAGUAGCUCGGCUAUGCAGAAGAGACUGAAACUUGAAUAUGUUUUUGUGCUGUAUUUCUUGCUUUGUGCUUCUAGCUGAUUUUAAUCCUCAAAUUAGAUCAAUUGAAGCGAUAUGUGCAACCAGCAACCUAUCGACUGACUUGCUCUGCUCAAGUCUGAAAUGUAAAUUCAAAUCAAGCAUGAUCUGCUGCAAUUCCUUUUUGUUCUC